AACGCUAACUUCCUGUAAUAUUCCGACCACAAGCAGAGAGAGAGAGAGAGAGAGAACCUGAAGAUGGCUACGAAUUCCAUGGUGUCUUCAAUUCUGCCCAUGACUUCCAUAAACCAUAGACGGCGAAACCAAUCUACUGGUCUUACUCUUUCAUGCGCACACCAAGAAGCAUCUUCUUUGGGAGUUCAACUUACAGAAGGAGAGGGGAAAUUACCAAAGGUUUUGCUGAAGUCAGCUAAUGGUUGUGAGGCUGAGAUUUAUCUCUUCGGUGGCUGUGUCACAUCAUGGAAAGUUCCAAGUGGCAAGGAUCUCCUUUUUGUUAGGCCAGAUGCUAAAUUUGAUGGUAAAAAACCUAUCAGUGGAGGCAUCCCACAUUGUUUUCCACAGUUCGGACCUGGUCCAAUCCAGCAGCAUGGGUUUGCAAGGAACAUGAAUUGGUCUAUUGUUAAUUUUUCUGAUGUGGAGGGAAAUCCCAUCAUAACUCUGGAACUCAGGGAUGGUCCUUACAGCCGUUCUAUGUGGGAUUUCAGCUUCCAAGCUUUAUACACGGUCACAUUGAAUCCAAAGAGCCUUUCUACAGAGCUGAUGAUAAAAAAUACAGAUACUAAGCCCUUUUCAUUUAAUACUGCAUUGCACACUUACUUCAGCGGAUCCGUAGCAGCGGCAUCAGUAAAAGCUCUCAAGGGUUGCAAAACACUGAACAAGGAUCCAGACCCUAAUAAUCCUGUGGAGGACAUUGAGGAUAGGGAUGUGAUCACUUUUCCAGGAUUUGUGGAUUGCGUUUACCUCAAUGCUCCCAAUGAGAUAGAGCUUGACAAUGGAUUGGGAGACACAAUAUCCCUUAAGAAUACCAAUUGGUCAGAUUGUGUUCUGUGGAACCCUCAUUUGACGAUGGAACACUGCUACAAGGAUUUUGUCUGUGUUGAAAAUGCCAAGAUUGGAAAAGUUCAACUUGAACCCGAGCAGUCAUGGGUAGCAGAGCAGCAUCUUAGCAUCAGCUGAAGCAAAGCUAUUUUAGCUUGAGAUGGAAAACAUGAAGAUCCAAAUUUAGAAAAAUUUUGCACAUGUUCAAGUACCUCUAAUGAUAUCUUGAUUUUGUUUUAUGUAAUCAAUAAUAAUGGGUGAUUAAUUGAUAAGGUAUUUCUUUUUCUUCUUCA